AUGUGGAUUGUCAACUGGUUUUGGGAUACUCUUGCCUCCCUCGGGCUUUUGAACAAGCAUGCGAAACUCCUCUUUCUCGGGCUCGAUAAUGCUGGAAAAACGACGUUAUUGCACAUGUUAAAGGUGGGUGGUUGUGAUCCAGGAGGCUACUCGAAUGCCAUCGCUAAUGACCGAGUUGCGAUUCUUCAGCCAACAUUACAUCCAACAUCCGAAGAGCUUGCCAUCGGUAAUGUUAAGUUCACAACUUUCGAUUUAGGUGGACAUCAACAAGCACGUCGUCUUUGGAAGGAUUACUUCCCCGAGGUGUCUGGCAUCGUUUUCCUUGUCGAUGCGAAAGACCACGAACGUCUGAUCGAAUCCAAGACCGAGUUAGAUGCCCUUUUGAGCAUGGAGGAACUGUCUAAGGUACCAUUCGUUGUGUUGGGAAACAAGAUCGACCACCCAGAUGCGGUCAGCGAAGAUGAAUUAAGACACCAACUCGGUCUAUAUCAAACUACUGGAAAGGGCAAAGUCCCUCUCGAGGGUAUCAGACCUAUCGAGGUUUUCAUGUGCUCGGUCGUUAUGCGACAAGGUUACGGUGAGGGUAUUAGAUGGUUGUCACAAUACGUGUAA